CGUACCUUCUCGCUUCUCUCCCUAACACAGUGCCCGGGCAUGUCUCUGGCUCUCUGCCCCCCUCCCCUCCGCACGACCGGCGCGUGCUAUUUUAUCCCGCAGGUGUCUUGACCUCCAAUCCAUUGCCUCUUCGCCUUGCUUGGAACCUACUUGAUCGCUGCCUCACCUCGCUCACUCACUCCUCUGUCCUCUCUCUCUCUCGCCGAGUGAGCUUGCACUUCUUCACACGCACGCUUCCCCCAUAUAUACCCACCAGGCAGCCAUCCAUCGGGAGGAAGCAACCGUCCAUCGAUCAUACCGAUCGACAUUCCCUCCGUCCAUCCGCGUUGCCUUGCUCGUCGAGUCGUCGUCGGCGUAGCUAGCUAAGAGGCCAGGUAGCCGGCUGCAGAGAGGAAUCAACAGAAUGGAACGUCCAUCGUCCGGCGGCGUGGGGCAGCCCAAGCUCCGCAAGGGGCUGUGGUCGCCCGAGGAGGACGAGAAGCUCUACAACCACAUCAUCCGGCACGGGGUCGGCUGCUGGAGCUCCGUCCCGAGGCUGGCCGGGCUGAACCGCUGUGCCAAGAGCUGCCGCCUCCGGUGGAUCAACUACCUCCGCCCUGACCUCAAGCGCGGAUGCUUCUCGCAGCAGGAGGAGGACCACAUCGUCGCGCUCCACCAGAUCCUCGGCAACAGGUGGUCUCAGAUCGCGUCGCACCUGCCGGGCCGGACGGACAACGAGAUCAAGAAUUUCUGGAACAGCUGCAUCAAGAAGAAGCUCCGGCAGCAAGGCAUCGACCCCGCCACGCACAAGCCCUUGGCCGCCGCCGACACGGCCACAUCAGCAUUGCCGGACAUGGAAAAAGAGGACCAUAAGCCCCUUGCCGCGGCGGCCGGCAGCAGCCUCGCUACGAAGCAGCCGUCCGUGUUCGACCCGUUCCCGGUGUGCGUCGACUACGGCGCCGGGUUCGCCGACGGCCUCGGCGCGGCGAACGCUGCGGCACUGUACGGCCAGUUCGGAAGCGGCAAGGAGGACACGGACGACGACGCCGGGUUCGGCGCCGCGGACUACAGCUGCGUGCUGGACGUCCCGGAGAACCUGGGCUACGGGGAGAGCUCCAGCAACAGCAGCAACCGGAACUACAGCGGUGAGGUGGGCAGCAUGCUCGAUGGCGAGGCGGGAAGCGUGCUCGAUGGCGAGGUGCUACACUGGGUCAAGGCGGAGCCGGCCUUCGCGGAGAUGGAGCGGCAGCACGACGUGCUGCUGGAGUAUGACUUCUCGCUGCCCUGCCAAGAGCAGAGCCUCCUCGCAAAUUUCGAAUUCAACUUGGAACAGUACUUCUGAUUCCCCCCCCCCCCCCCCCCCCCUUUUUCAUUUUAAAAAUAUAUUUUAUUUCUUUCUCCCUCCAUUUUUUAAGAGACAGGGAUCACACCAUAGAGCCGCAAGUUAGUGCUACUUGACGUCAUUUAUAGCAUCAUUCCGAAUUUUAUGUGCUGAACAAAUUAGCUACUUUCUGUUAAUCGUACAGUAUUUUAUUAGCAAAUUACAGAGAUGUACACACCGCGUGAAUUGGUUUAAUAUAUUGACCCUCGAUUA